AUGCCCGUGGCCACCACGAACCUGCGCGCCCUGACCUCCUGGGUGGGCAUCGCCCGGCUCUCGGCCAUCGUGCUGUCCUGCCUCGCCUUCAGCCUGGUGGCCUCCACCGGGCUCUUUACGGGUCCCUACGGGACGUGGUGCAUGUUCACCUGGUGCUUCUGCUUCACCGUGACACUGCUGGUGCUGCUGCUGGAGCUGCUGGAGCUCUACCCCCUGCUGCCUCUCUCCUGGGAUGACUUCACCGCGGCUUUCUCCAUGCUGGCGGCUCUGAUGGUCUUCACCUCCUCGGUGGUCUACCCUGCCACCUUCAUCAGCAGCCCCUGCAGCAGCAGCCAGUGUGCCCGGCAGGCCGUGGCCAGCACCGCCUCCUGCCUCUGCUUCCUCGCCUACGCCGUCGAGGUGUCGCUGACCCGCGCCAAGCCAGGGGACAUCAGCAGCUUCCUCUCCACCGUGCCUGGGCUCCUCAAGGUCUUCGAAGCCUACGUGGCUUGCCUGAUCUUCUCCUUGCUGGAUGCAUACAGUGGGGAACCUGGCCUCAUGUGGUGCGUGGCUGUCUACUCCCUCUGCUUCAUCUUCACCCUCCUCAUCAUCAUCUUCACCAUCGGCCGCUGCCUCACCUACAUUCCCUGCCCGCUGGAGAAGGUGCUAGUGGGCUACAACUUCCUGGCCCUGCUGAUGUACCUCACUGCCACCAUCCUCUGGCCUCUCUACAGCUUCCGGGGACAGAGCCGCCCCCAUUCCUGCGGCCCGGACUGCUCGUGGAACAAGCACCUGGGGAUCACCUUCCUCACCAUCUUCAACCUCAUCGCCUACUUGGUGGACCUGGUCUAUUCCACCAGGAUGGUCUUUUUCAGGGCACCUCCCUAAGGGCUCGGGGUGGGGUGAGGGGUGGUGGGACAUGG